AGCGUGCCGCAGGCUUAUUACGUAAAAAUUUCCAACUCUGAUCGGUGAGCAACCGACCACCAACCGACUUGCGACCGAUUGUCGACCGACCGAAAAAUUCGUAUUCGCUAACGCAGUUGGCAACCGGUUGCCCAACUGUCAUUGAAUGCAAUUUGAAUGCAGUUUUUGCGACCGAACAGCGCCACUAGCAAUCGAGUAGCAACCGGUGGAACUAAAGUGACAUACAUAUGAUAAACAAUCGUCGUGUUUAUAAAUCGAAAAAUAAAUAAAUACAUUGUGGAUCGUGAUUGUGAAUUUAAAAUUAACUAUGGGACCUAGUUUUGUUGAAAAUUGAACACAAAUUCAUCCUAAUUUAGCUAAGGACAGUGUUGAGCUUGGAGGGAGAUCAAAGGAGACAAUUAAUAGAAAGUAGGACAAAUUAGCGAUAUGUCUGAAUACUCAUGGAUCUGGAGCUACAAAAAAUGGACAAUGUUGGAGAAGGUGACUUGGAUUUUGUUCCUUCUCAAGUCACAGCAAAGGAAUAUGAUGCCAACAAGGCUCAAAACCUUGCCGCUAGUAAUGGUCAAUCUGCAUCUCCAAGUUCACCUAUUCCGUCAUGUUCGAGGCAUGAAGCUGCUGAAGACACACAGCGUAACGACGAACAUCGCACACCUCCUCAUUCGCCUAUAUCCCUCUGCUCUCUUGAAAAUGAGAAUCAUGGGAAAGAGAAUCGUUCUUCUCCUAUUCCAUCGUGCUCCUUCCAAUCCACUUACAAAAAUUCAAAUUAUUUUAUACCAUUAACUGCAAUUCAGCCUUUGCCAAUAGUUAAACAGGAUGAUUCUAAAAGAAAACGUAGAACACAGAAGUCAGAAAUUUUAACAUCUACACCUAUUAGAGAACAGUUGAGAAAUCAGAAAAAUAAAAAAUUACGUGCAAAGAAACCUAGCAGUUCAAAUUUGGAUCGACCUAAAUUGCAGUACCCGAAGCCACCGGUACAUAAAACGGACCCCAAUGAAGAAAAUGUACCAUGCCUCGUCUGUGGAGAUACUUUUGGCAACUCUAGACCUGGCGAAACAUGGAUUGAGUGCAAUAUGUGUCAAAACUGGGCUCAUCAAUUAUGUGCUGAUUACAACAGAGCGAAGACAUUAGCGAAAGGGAACGACGACAAUAAUUAUGUGAGCUCUCUAAUACAAAGAGAAAGGAGAAAGGAUUUCAGUUUUAGCGGAGUCAAGUACAGCCCUCUGUCACAUAUAAUAAAGUCUCAGAAAGGAGGGUUGACAGAUAUCGCAAACCAAGGAGGCAGUUUCUCCGAGAAAUGCUGA